AUUCGAUUUUGUCAAAGUCAAUUUACAUCUACGAUUAGAAUUUGUACAGGAGGAGAUCCGACAAUUUAAGAGAUUCGUUUCCUCUUGCUUUUUCCGAUCUACUUUUAAACAAAACAAUGGGAGAAGUAUCACUAGAAACGGCAGCUUAUGCCAAGAUUAUCUUACACGCUGCCAAAUACCCGCACUGCGCUGUGAACGGGGUCCUUCUAGCUGAUGCCACAAAAAUCAGGGAUGGAGCUAAAAACCAGGACCUGGAUAUUGUGGACACAGUUCCCCUGUUCCACCACAGCCAUUACUUGUCGCCGAUGGCUGAAAUAGCCCUGACACAGAUUGAAACCGUGGCUCAGACUGACAACCGUGUGAUAGCCGGCUACUAUGCCGCCUGUGAGAACUUCAAAGACAAUACGGUUGAGAAGUGCCCCGGACAGAAGAUAGCGGAGAAGAUUGCUGAGCACUUCCCUUCAGCUGUGUUUGUUGUGGUGGAUAACAAGAGGAUGAUGCAGCAUCUUGACACUCCAGCCAUCAAGCUGCACAAGUACGCUGAUGGAAGGUGGAAGCUCAAGGAUGCCAACAGGGUCAUGUUCCAAUCACCGUAUGUCUUGGAGACAGUAUCACACUUGCUGCAACGAGGGGUCCAGAAAGAUCUCGUAGAUUUCGACAACUACCUGGAUGAUUUGUCUCAAGACUGGACCAAUCUUGGCAUUGAGAAGCUGAUUGCCAGCAUCAAUGCGUCGAAUACCAUUGACUGCAAGGAGGAUGAUAAACUUUUCCGAUAAUGGUAAAGGAGUAUUUAGUCAAUUAUCUAUGUAAACUAUAACUUUUUGAUGAUAGUGGAAGCGCGGGGCCUAGCACAAGUAUUUCAGGAUAUUUUGGCAGUAGCUGUCUUGUGCAGGUUCACCGAUAUUUAAUGGGACUUUAGUAUCCUUUUCAAUUUCGAUUGGAUAACUUCUUUUAGGAACAACCUUAUCACACCGCUGAAAUAAGAUUUCAUUCUUGUUAACUUUGCCAACUAGUGCUAUAGUAAGCACUAUUUUGUGGAUAUUUUUACCAAUCAGAUUCAGUUUUAAAACAUGUUACAAUAUUGUGCUAGAGGUUGUCCAUAUUUCAGUAUGGAUUAGAAGCAUUUUAUCGCAUCGCAGUUUGAAGAACUAUGAUAAAGUAAGUAGUUUACUUGUGUUGUAAUUAGAGUAAUUUAUUACAUAACUUGAAUAUACGAAUUUUAUAUUACACAUAUGUGUUAAGGAUUGUUAUAGGGCACGUAGAUAUUAUAUCUGGUUAUACUGCAUUUAGUAUUUGUGUAUUAUUUAUAUUUCAAAAUCAUCUUUAAUUUUUGGGUAAUAUUAAGUGAAGUUAUGAUUUGAAACAAGUGAAUUUGUUUUUUCCAGUUCUAGAAAAUUUACAUUUUUUCAAGGUAGUGUGCAAUAAACAUGGUAGAAAAUACCGAAUGUUAUUUUAUUUGUUUGUGUAUGUUUUCACAUAUAGACUUAACUGUUUCCUAAGCAUUUACGUAUGAAGUAGAGUAUUUGUCGGUAAUUUAAAUAAAUUAACACAUAAUAACAAUAAUCAUUGUUGUUUAUAUAACACUGUAUUCAAAAAUUGUAUGGAUAUAUUACUGAAUACCGGUACUCAAUAUUGUUUUAUUAUAGUGUAAGUGUAUUUGAAAUAUAUCUGUUUUUGUUUAUCACUCCAUUCCUUAGCAUAAGUUUUAUUGUGAAAGCAAUAUUUAUGAAGUAAAAUAUGAACCAAUAUAUGACCAGUUUACUGUAUUUAUUUAUAUAAUAAUUACUUAUAAAUUAUUAAAGUAUUCCUCAAUUAA